GCCACGGUAGUGCAUCACUUAGACUCUGACAGCGGCUCCAACUUCGCUAACAUUUCAUUGUAGACUGGAUUGGCUUUGCGUCAUUCUCCUACACGCGCUCCUGAGACCGCGUUCGGAAAGGGGACUCAUUUCGCAUCAGUACUGGGGAAAAUCAGCUACUAUUUACUAUAAACUACAUACUCAAGCGCAUACUAAUUGUCUGAAAACUCGGACUUUUCCCUCACGGAUCAGUGCACUUUUCUAAUCCAGACCCUCGGAGAUGCCAAAAAUGAAGUUGGAUGGACGUUGGAUGCUCUCUCUUCUGUUGCUCUGCUCCGUCACAGAGCUUUUUGUAGCAGCCAACCAUGAUGCAAAUGAAACUCAGCAAGAACUCCCUCAGAAUGUCUACCAUGACAUCGGAGUCACCAGGAACAAGAUAGUGACUGCGCAGUUUGAGUGCUACCAGAAAAUCAUGAAAGAUACCAAUCACAACAGAAAAGGCCCCACCUGCAACAGGACAUGGGACGGGUGGCUAUGCUGGGAUGACACUGAUGCAGGGGUGACCGCAGAACAGCUCUGUCCCGACUACUUCCAGGACUUCGACCCGUCUGAGAAGGUGACAAAGAUUUGCAGCGAGAACGGCCAUUGGUUUUUACAUCCCCAGAGCAACAGAACAUGGUCAAACUACACUAGAUGUAAUGAGCACACCAAUGAAGGCAGGAGGACAGCCAUGAAUCUGUUCUACUUAGCCCUGAUCGGCCAUGGAUUGUCUCUGACAGCACUGUUUAUUUCACUGGGAAUAUUUUUCCAUUUCAAGAGUUUAAGUUGCCAGAGGAUAACGCUACACAAAAACCUGUUCUUCUCCUUCGUGUUGAACUCUGUCAUCACCAUCAUUUGGCUGACAGCCGUGGCAAACAACCAGGAGCUGGUUCAGCAGAACCCUACCAGCUGCAAAGUGUCCCAGUUUAUACACCUGUACCUCUUCGGCUGCAACUACUUCUGGAUGCUGUGUGAAGGAAUCUACCUGCACACUCUCAUUGUGGUGGCUGUGUUCGCUGAAAAACAGCACCUGAUGUGGUACUACCUGCUCGGAUGGGGAUUUCCACUGAUACCAGCUUCCAUACACGCGAUCGCCCGCAGCUACUACUAUGAUGAUAACUGCUGGAUCAGCUCCAACACGUCUCUGCUUUACAUCAUCCACGGCCCCAUCUGCGCGGCGUUAUUGGUGAACCUGUUCUUCCUCCUGAACAUCGUGCGCGUCCUCAUCACCAAGCUGAAGGUGACACACCAGGCGGAGUCCAGCCUGUACAUGAAGGCAGUGCGAGCCACUCUCAUUCUGGUGCCUCUCCUGGGCAUCCAGUAUGUGCUGCUGCCGUACAAACCUGUUGAACGGGUUUCCUCAGAAAUCUACGACUAUGUGAUGCACAUCCUAAUGCAUUAUCAGGGGCUGCUGGUGGCCACAAUCUUCUGCUUUUUCAAUGGAGAGGUGCAGGGCGUGUUGAGGAGACACUGGAACCAGUACCGCAUCCAGUUCGGGGACAGCUUCGCCCACGCCGACGCACUGAGGUCGGCCUCCUACACCGCCUCCUCCAUCACAGAGGUCCAGGGCUGCUACAGUAUCGACAGUCACACAGAACACUUGAACGGCAAGAGCUGUCACGACAUCGAGACUACCAUCCUGAGGACGGAGCACCCGUUCGCCUGAGGCCAAUCCGCGGCACCUGGCCGACGUCGGGCCUCACCCAACACUGAAGACCAGAGGUUUCCAUGGUGACGGUCACACGAUGAUAGACCUGGAUGUCCCUAUUACUCACUGUAUGAGAAAAAAAAAAAAAAAGCUUUUACCCACCUGAUAUUCUCACUGAAUCAUAUUGUGUUAAUUCUUAUUGUGAAGACAAAAUUGGCACUUCAGUUGGCUCCGGGGCUCCCUGAGGAUCGUUCAUGACAGUUUUUUUUUUAUGAAUUUUAAGAUAGUGGAAGCUGCUUCACUGCUACUCUCUGAAAAGACAUGUAAAUAUUCUUUAUAUCUGUCUUAAAUCAAAGCACUGUACUUUCCUUGCUCCUUUAUAAAGCAUGAAAAAGGCAACAGGAGCACUGUCAGCCGCCCAUCCAGUUUGCAGUCUGUCACGUUUGUUUGGAAAGCAUCGGCAUUGCUGGUGAAUAAGGGGGGUGACUCUGCGAGGCGCUCGACACCACACUGCAGACACGUGUCCCCCACAUGCUUGCAAUUUCUUUUCAGCCGAGAGGCGAAAACGCGUAGCUGCCACGGACUGUGUACUGGCAGGAGACAGAGGACAGGCAGUUGAAGCACUGGAUUUACACUAACACACCUUAAUAACCUCUGAAGGUCUUCAAUGCCAUUAUUAGCUUGUUAUACUAGAUCAGAAUGACCAGUUAUUGUGAUAUAAUUAAUCACCUCUCUUAUUUGAUUGUUUUAUUUUUACUUUUUUUUUUCCAAACAGUAAGUAUUUAGUUUCUUAUGAUAUUAGACACUGUAAUGCACUGCACAUAGUCUUCAAGUCUGCAAAAAGUCCUUCAAAAGUUGUAUAAAGGUAUGGAAAACCCCUGACUGAAAUGGGACAUACUCACCUUAGUAACCUUUCUCAAAAGAAUUAUGGUGAUCGCAUCUUUGAAGUAAUACCAUUAUCCCAUGCUGAGAUAGUCAAACCAUCUGAAGGAUUUUGUGGCUAAUGGAUCAUUUUUCAACUUUAUACUUUAAACUCUUCACAAAAAAGCGUGCAAAAACAAGUAUGUUAUUGAAUAAUUAAAAGCAUACAACUUUGAGAAAACAGGAAUUACUCAUGAAUAGGUUAUGACUCAUGUUUGAUGCUGCAGGCAUAUGCUUAUUUAUUUUAGUUAAUGGUCCCUGAUUCUGAAGAAAAUUGGACAAAAGCCAACUCAUGACCUUGUGUAAGUUUAAAAGAUGUAAACUCCAUAUGAUAUUCUGCUCCGGUUGAUGCUAAGGCAUUUGGAAGUCUGCGUGUCCAUUAGACUGUAAUAUUUAAAGGUACAUGUAUUGUGCAUUCAGUUGAAGUGGAGUGGCAGAGUUUGUAAUUGUAGCUUAUGAAUAUGAAACACAAAGAUCAGCUAGUUAUUUCACAGCACCAUACUUCAUCAGUGCACUGAGCAACUGUAAUUUCAGUUAAAUUGAGAUUCAUAAAAGUCUUGAGGAAAAAAAAUAUGGCUGACGAUAACAGUCUCAAUUAAAGUAGCUUUUAAACUAUUGAAUUUAUGACAUUAUAUGAUACGUAACAGACCAUUCACAGCUAAAAUUAACUUGAGAGAUAAUUUGGCCUAACUGAAGCUAGCACUGGCUGUAACUUAUACAACCUUCCAUAUAAAAUGAUUCUUCUUACAUUCCCUCAGGAGUUGAGUGUAUGCCCUACACUAUAUAUAACUAUAUAUUUCUGUUAUGUCUGGCACAUAUAUUUAUCUUGUUUCCCUUUGGUAACUUCAGAAUAUUGUUUUCUUUGAGCAUUCAAGUCAUUUUGUGUCCUUAUGCUGGAAAGAAAUCUGCUCACACUCAGAUAUUGUAAAUAUGUUUGUAAAUCAAGGACUGCAAAGGUUACGUGUGUGUUACAUAUUUAUAUGUGUAUGCUUAUAUGUGUAUACAGAUAUAAAGACAUUCAAGUAUUUAGUAAAGACAUUCAACAUUUAUAUUUAUAAGGUUAUGGGAGAUUGAGUGGAAGUGCUUUGGAAAUAUUUUUUUUUCAGUGUGAAAAUGAGAAGACCGAUCUUCCAGACAUCAAGACUCACAUUGAUGAUAAUCUGGAAAGUAUUACUGUACAGCUCUCACUACAAGGUUUUUUUUUUUCCUAAACUCAGUUAAAUUAAAGGAGGACUUGAUAAUUCUCGCUGAUCACCGCCCUGCCCAUGCAGUCGUAGCUAUGGGAGGGGUGACCAGCCUUGGCAUUCUUACCAGGAAGUGCCGUUCUCCCUCCUUUUGUAGCCUUUAGACACAAUAAGAAUACAAAAAAGUAUUAUAAAGUGUUUGUUCAAGAUAACGAAACAACUGAACGCAUAGUCGUAUGUUAUACAAAAAAAUCAUAUUACAAUCAUAAAAGAGGGCCACUUGGAACAAUACUACAGUACCUGCAGAUUCAAGGAAAUUUAAUAUUAUAACGUUUAUGUGGUAAAUUUAGUGAUAAAGUGUGUAUAAUCUAGUUUUAUAGCACUGCGAGGUUUAUAGACUACAUUGCUUCUUAUUGAAGAGCCUACACUUAAAAUCAUUUUCAAGGGUGUUUUCAUAUGUGUAUGACAUCUGUACACCUUGCACUUCAGCAGAGAGAAACCUCCAGGGUUGAUGGAUGAUGUUGAAAGCAAUGUCUGUAUGAUGAAACUGUACUGUAUUUUAUGGAGAUCUAGAUUUUCGGGCUCUUCUCUACUGUGUGAAUGUAAACUGUAUGUCUUUUAUUCUCUGGAUGUUGAUACAUAUAUUUGUGGCCAACUGUUUUAUUACUGAAUGUGGGCAAUGUUGCAAUGUUUGCAAAUAUAGAUCAUUAUCAGCAAA